CAAGAUUACAGGAAGUGUUUACUAAGUAAUUCACCUGAGGAGGCUAAUGAAAACUUCACACGGUAAUGCAUUCUUCUCCAGGUGACAAGCCUCCACACCCCUAAAUUUGUAUAUAGCAUCUCCUAGAUCGAUGUGUGAUGGUAAAAAGGGAAUAUUCUGAAAAAUGGCCAUCUCAGACUAAAUAUAUGCCAUGAAUUCAGCUUAGUAUCCCACUUAAGAGCUUUUGAAAGACUUCUGCUUCUGAGAGCUGUAGAAACAAUUCCACCAACCAUUUAUGCAAUACCAAGAUGACAGAUUAUUUUUACCUUUUAUUGGGCGUUGUCUCUCUGUUUCAGGUGCUCCUUGCCCAGACUCAGAUUGAUGUACCCAGGAACACUGUUUAUGCAGCAGAAGGAGGAAAUGUAACACUCUCAGUUCGUAAUCUAACAGCCAUGUAUAUGAUGUCAUGGACAUCUCCAAAGAGUGAACAGAUUAUAACUUUCAUUGAUGGCAAAGUGUUGACAAAGCCUCAGACAAACUAUUCAGGUAGAAUUACACUAAUUCCUGAUAAUGGCUCACUGAUUAUCACAUCAGUUUUAAAGAGUGAUGGAGGAAAUUAUACCAUCAGCAUGGAGCCUGUUACUCCUGGUGGACCAAUAAAUCAAAUGAUAAUUCGUCUGAUAGUCUUUGAAUUAAAUGUUACAGUCAUACCAGCUAAAAUAGUUGAAGGCAACACUGCUAACAUUUCUUGUAUAGUCAGAGAAAAUACAGCAUUAGAGAAGAUCUGGAAAAAAGAUGGCAUUAUUCUUGCUUCAAAUUCCCACAUCAGAAUCAUUGAAGCCUCUGUGAUUAUUACAUCUGCUUCCAGGGAUGACAUGGGAAACUAUUCCUGCACGGUACAGAACCAAGAUGGACAAGGAAUAAGCCAAGCAGCCGUGAAUGUGUAUUAUGGACCAGACAGUCCAGUCAUCUUAAAGAGUCAGACCAAAGACUGCGUGUCAGGAGAUGUCCUGUCUAGUACAGCAGUAUAUAUGAGCUGUACAUCUGCAUCAAAUCCACCUUCUAGCAUUUACUGGUUGUUAAAUCAAAAGUACUUUACAUCUAAUCACUCAAUCAGCAUAUCAUCAGCUUCAUCAAAUAACACUGGGACCUAUACUUGUGUUGCCAACAACUCAGUCACAAACCAGAAUUCUACUACUGCAGCCAAUCUGAAUGUAGUCGACUACUGCCUUAGUGGAGGUGCUGUGGCUGGAAUUGUGAUUGGAUGUGUCGCAUUUCUGCUUCUGCUCAUUUUACUAAUUACUCUUCUCGUAAAAUGGAGGCGUAGGAGAAAGCAGGGAAGUUCUUCAAAGUCAGCACUGAGCCAGUAUCCAAGGGCCACACUUCAAGAACCAAGAAGUAAUUCUAGAGAACAGCCUUCAGUGUCUCCUAAUUCUGCAACGGUACCUUGGUAUACAACAUCAAGCGGAGGUGGUAGGACAUUGACCAUACCAGAGACACCUGAAACUGCUACUGAUGAGUGGAAUCAGUCCUUAUACAAAGCAUUCACUGAUAAAGAUGGCAAAUUUUCUACAGCUGUUUGAAAUGUAACAAAUUAAUUUAUUUACAACACAAGUCAUUGUUUACUAUAUUUAAGGAUACAAAAUAACUUGUAAUUCCCUGUAAUUUUCCAAAACUGCUGUAAAUACACCAAGAUGAAUGUUACAAGUCAUAUAGAUUUAUUCAGGACUGUACAAACUACAAGUAUGGAAUGUUGAUGUCAUUGGCUUUAAAGAAGAUAUUGUGUGACAUAGAGAAAGUAUUACUUAACAAGUUAUUUGUCAUUAUCUGCCACUGGAAGCAGGCAGCCUGUGUCCGCAAGUUCUACAAGGUGAACAAAGAGUAAAUCAGUAAGUAAAUUAAGAACUUCCAAACCAAAGAGUGAAAAGGUCACACAGACAAGCCACUUAGUAGAAACUCCAAGAAAGUCCCAGUAAAGCUAAGGUCUUCGCUAUGUCAUACUUUGAACUUCCUGUAGUAGAGGUCCACAGAAUAUAUACUAAUGACCCCUUAAGAACAUACCUGUGUUUCAGCUGUAUGGUAUCUGAAUACCCGUGACAUUUUACUUUCACCUUUUAAGUUUUUACUGGCACAUUCAGGCCAAUAUAGCCCAAUCUGCUAGCUGCAGUAAUGCCAUGCUUUGCCUUUUUUUUUCUGAAGUUGUCAGUAUUGUAUAACUGGAUUGUUUGCCCAUAUUUAGAAACACAGUGCUUAAAAAACAAGCCUGAUACUGCUUUAAUCCUGUAAUCUGUGUGUAACAAGUUAGUAACUUAAGAA